CAGCAGUGUCUAAUCUCCGGACAUAAGAAGGCUCCGCACCAAAGAAUUCCCUCAGUCUCUCUGUGCCUGCGCGAGAGUGAUCACCACUUGCCUGUGUGGACAGAACGCAGUUAUUUUGAAAGCUAAUACAGAAUGACGUCUAGAUACUGGCGAUGCAUUGUAUCAGCACUGGUUUUGUUGAUAGCUUGUACUAUCAACGUGAACGGGCAAGAUGGCAGUACCCUCGAGCAGAUACAGGAUGAACUGAGCACUAUUCAGACGACACUGGACAGACUUGAGAACCUCGUCGUGCCAACUACCACAGCGGCAGGAACCACAGCAGGAACAGCGCAAUCAACGGUCCAGUCCUCCACUCCCCAACCGACUACCGCUGAGCAAACGACCCCAAAACCAACAACUGCUGAGCCAACGACCCCAAAACCAACAACUCCUGAGCCUACGACCCCAAAACCAACAACUGCUGAGCCAACGACCCCAAAACCAACAACUGCUGAGCCAACGACCCCACAACCAACAUCUGCUGAGCCAACGACCCCAAAACCAACAACUCCUGAGCCAACGACCCCAAAACCAACAACUGCUGAGCCAACGACCCCAAAACCAACAACCCCUGAGCCAACGACCCCAAAACCAACAACCCCUGAGCCAACGACCCCAAAACCAACAACCCCUGAGCCAACGACCCCAAAACCAACAACCCCUGAGCCAACGACCCCAAAACCAACGACUCCUGAGCCAACGACCCCAAAACCAACAACUCCUGAGCCAACGACCCCAAAACCAACAACUGCUGAGCCAACGACCCCAAAACCAACAACUGAAGAGCCUACAACUCAAAAAACCUCCGGUAGACUCCUGCACUAUAGAGGGAGACACGUUCUAUCACUGAGAGAGGAAGUCACAGGAUCAACUGCAAUUGUUUCGUCAAUCCAGUCAUCAUCAGCCUCCUCCAGUCCUUCAUCCUCGACCUCAUCCAGUGACCCAACCCCAUCUUUGUGCACCAAGAACGAGACGGCUGGUGAGGAUGACCUCUGCACACGCUUCAUCCAAGUUUUGGACGAUAUUGAAAAAGUUACGGAGGAGAUUGAAAGUGGCUUAACUGGCGAGGAGCAACUGGAGACCCUCAAAAACUGCUCGGCAAGGCUUGAACAAGUGGUCCAAGAAGCAGAAACUGACCCAGAGUUUCUCGAGAGUAUCAACAAGGAGCAAUUUGAAGAGAGGAAAUCAGAUGUGGACAAGUCCAUCGACGACGCUGAAAAAGUCGUCGAAGAAAAGCUGAGUCCAGAAGACCCAUAUGAUCCCACCGUCGCCAUCGUCCUGGGUGUCUUGGGGGGUCUGGUCGUUGUCGCGCUGGCUGGCUACGGAGGGUACGCGUUCUACAAGAAGAAAAAGGGAAAUAAAAGGACCUCGAGUGGUUAUCAGAACGCCAGCUUCGAAACCGACAACGAAGCUAGGAGCUCUUAAGUGAGACAUUGGUGUUUUGCGAGAUCUGAAUGGCCUCUGAUGACGAUAUUGUUUGUUAGACUUAUUAUUUUUUCAUAAUAAACUGUUUUGUAAGGUCAUUCCAUGUAUCUGUCAGACGCAACACACACACACACACACACACACACACACACACACACACACACACACACACACACACACACACACACACACACACACACACACACACAACACACACACACACACACACACACACACACACACACACACACACACACACACACACACACACACACACACACACACACACACACACACACAUACACGCACACAGGAUAACCAUCAUUAAAAUACCUACAAAUAAAUUUAUAUGUAUAACCAUUCAAAUAAAGAUAUAGUUAAUGUGAUAGAUUCUCCUAAUUAAUGCAUGACAAAACACAUUGUAUUGUAAUAUCAGUAUUAUCUAUUUAAUAUUCAUGUGGAUCAUGGAUUAAAUGUAUUUAUGUCUUUACAUCAAGAAACAAUAAAAAAAGAGAAAAGUUA